AUGGUGCUCGGUCGCUUACUAUCAAUCUCUGGAGGUAUUGCCGCUGUUGCUGCCCAGGGCGUCUCUAUCGCCUCGAUCAACGGGAACGGGUAUGGCUCACCGUAUGCUGGUCAAACUGUUGCGGUACAAGGGCUUGUGACCGCAAAGGGACCUUCUGGUUUUUGGCUGGCCGAUGUCGGCAAUACUACAAGUGUUGGGUCCAGUGGAAUUUAUGUCUUUUCCACAUCGACUACGGUGCGUGGCCAAGUUACGGUGGGGGAUAUCGUAUCUUUGGGUAGCGCUCGUGUUGCACUUUAUCGGGCUGCAGCCGAUACCGAUAAUAUUUUCCUUACCGAGCUCACGUCCCCGACCAACAUCACAGUACUCUCUUCGAAUAACACCGUCACUCCAAUCGUGAUUGGCAAAGACCGGCCCGGCCCACCUACCGAGCAGUACACCUCUCUUGACGGCGGGAACGUAUUCGGUUUCCCUAAUAACCAGUCACAGCUUUCGACCUCCAAUAUCACUCUCCAGCCCGCUGUCUAUGGACUUGAUUAUUGGCAGAGCCUGGUAGGAACUCUUGUUACUGUUCGAUCGCCAGUCGCCCUUGGAUUUCCAAACACAUAUGGUGAUUUUUGGACCCAUGGUGACUGGAAAGUAACCGGGAAAAACAAGCGAGGUGGUUUGACCAUUACCUCAGAUGCCACCGGUGCCACCGAUGCAAACCCUGAGGCGAUCGCAGUCGGCUCCCCACUUGAUGGUACUCGAAAUCCUCCUGCAGCCGCCAACUCUACUGGCCUCCGGCUCGGCAGCACUCUAACUGAUAUCACCGGUAUACUCACCUAUGCCUUUGACACCUAUCGCGUGCUUCCCCUCACUGCACCUCGGGUCAUUUCUGCUCCAGAAUACAACCCAGUGCCGACUGAGUUCUCCUCCAACUCCACUGCUGAUUCAGAGAAUUGCUCCACUCUCACACUCGGCGACUACAAUGUUGAAAACUUGGACCCCAAGGAUGCUCAUCUCCCCGUCAUCGCAUCGCAUAUUGUGCAAUACCUAAAGACGCCAGACGUGAUGUGGCUCCAAGAGAUCCAAGAUGAGAAUGGUGCGACCAAUGAUGGGACGACGAGCGCUAAAGGUACACUUGAUGCACUCGUGGCAGCCAUCCACAAUGCAAGCAUUGCGAAUGGCGGAGCCGGUGUUAACUACUCUUGGGCACAAGUGGAUCCUAUUGAUGGUACUAAUGGUGGCGAACCAGGAGGGAACAUCCGUCCGGCCUUCAUAUACAAGCCCGAAGUUCUCGAGAUUAUCAAUUUCCGUCAGGGGACUGCAAACGACAGUGCGGUUGUUACUGGGACUGGUUCAAACACUACCAUCAAUUUCAACCCAGUCCUUGUCUCUCCCGAGAACUCUGCUUUUGUUAGCUCUCGCAAACCUCUUGUCGCCCACUUCCGAGUUCGUGCUACAAACGCCACACUUUGGUCUAUCAAUGUGCACCAAGCCUCCAAAGGCGGCUCUUCUCCUAUCGAGGGCGACUGGCGCACUCCCGCCAAUGGUGCGAUCGAGGCCCGUGUUGCGCAGGCUAAAGUUACCUCAGCAUUUAUCAAAACCAUCCUUGAUGCCGACCCAGCUGCCAAUAUCAUGAUUGCGGGCGACUUCAACGAGUUCCUGUCUACCCCGGUUGCCUUCGACCCAUACUAUUCCGUUGGCAUGCGCGACCUCGACGUUGUAGUUAACCGCGAUCCAGUAGAGCGCUAUACCUAUAUUUUCGACAUGAACACUCAACAACUUGAUCAUGCUCUUGUCUCACCCGCCAUCUGGAACUCCACCAAGAUCAAAGUUGAGUGGGAUCACGUCCAUGUGAACACCUGGAGGGAGACCACUGCACUCCGUGCGAGCGACCACGAUCCGAGUGUUGGCAAGGUUCGCUUAUGUGGUGCCGCACCACAAGCAUGCGACUUGAAGAUAGGCAAUUGGUGUGCGGCCCCGUUGCGACCCUUCAACAACCAGGCUACUUGCUUAACUUCGGCGGCAAUCUGCAAGAAACAAGGCGACGAGUGCUACAGAAAGGUCCCAUUAUUGCAGGUGCCUAAAUGCGUUGCAUAUACAGCAACCUGCACGAAAAAUGCGGUUUAUUGUGCUACGAGCUGCUCUGGUACCAAAUGCUCGCGAACCACAUUCCCCAAGUAG